CCCCGCCCGCACUGACUCAGUUUCACCAGAAACUAGAGGGGGAAGGAGGUGGCGGCGGCGUCCCCCCUGCGCGGCCGGCACGGGCGGAAGCCGGGCCCGGAUCGUCGGCAGGCCCGGCCCCACCGCACUGCACUCACCUGCGCAGGUAACCGGGGCCGCGCGCGCGCAGGCGGAGGCGGAGGCGGAACGGGCUUGGAGCAUGUCUGGCCGUUUGUCCUGCGCCUGUGCGUGUGUCCGGGUCACCGGAGGAGCCCCGAAGUCCGCGCGGUGAGGCCAAGCCCCUCGGGGGCGGGGAGGAGGACGACGACGAUGGCCGGCGCCCGGCUCGCCCGGGCCGGCACCUCAACGGUCGCCGUGUGGCUGCUGUGCGCGCUGGGGCUGCGGGGCGCCGGGGCCGGGCUGCCGCCCGCGCCCCCCGAGCUGCCCGGGGGCGCCGCCUGCCUGGAGCGCUUCACCACCGGGGUGCCCGCCUUCGUGCUGGACAUCGAGGCCUCGGUCGGCAGCGGCGCCACCUUCCUGGGGUCGCCCGAGGCGCGGCGCGGCCGGGACUGCGUGCGCGCCUGCUGCGCCGCCCCGCGCUGCAACCUGGCGCUGGUGGAGCUGCGCGCCGACGACGGCGGGGAGGACGCCAUCGCCGCCUGCUUCCUCCUCGACUGCCUCUACGAGCACAACUUCGUCUGCAAGUUCGCGGCCCGGGAGGGCUUCACCAACUACCUCACGCAGGACGUGUACCGCGCCUACCGCGAGCUGCGCAAGCUGGGCUUCGGCGGGUCCCAGAUCCCCAGGUCCUGGGUGGGCAUAGACUUGAAGGUACAGCCCCAGGAACCUCUGGUGCUAAAGGAUGUGGGCAACACCAACUGGCACCUUCUGGAGGGGGCCACAGAUGUCAGAAUAGAGAGGAACAAUCCAGACCAGGUGGAGCUGUGGGGACUCAAGGAAGGCAGCUACCUGUUCCAGCUGACCCUGGCUGACUCGGCGCAGCCGGAGAGUCCGGCCAACGUCACAAUCACCGUGCUGUCCCCCAAGCAAACAGAAGACUACUGCCUGGCCUCCAACAAGGUGGGGCGGUGCCGGGGAUCCUUCCCCCGCUGGUACUAUGACCCCACCGAGCAGAUCUGCAAGAGGUUCAUUUAUGGGGGCUGCUUGGGGAACAAGAACAACUACCUGAGGGAGGAAGAGUGCAUGCUGGCUUGCCGGGACGUGCAAGGCCUCUCAAUGGAAAGGAGCAAUCCAGUGUGCUCCGGCAGCUGCCAGCCCAACCAGUUCCGCUGCAGGGAUGGCUGCUGCAUCGACAGCUUCCUGGAGUGUGACGACACUGCAGACUGCCCCGAUGGCUCAGACGAGACCACCUGUGAAAAAUACACCAGUGGCUUUGACGAGCUCCAGAGCAUCCACUUCCCCAGUGACAAAGGGCACUGUGUGGACCUGCCAGACACUGGCCUCUGCCAGGAAAACAUCCCACGCUGGUACUACAACCCCUUCACUGAACGCUGCGCCCGCUUUACCUACGGUGGUUGCUAUGGCAACAAGAACAACUUCAAGGAGGAGCAGCAGUGUCUGGAGUCCUGCAGUGGCAUCUCCAAGAAGGAUGUGUUUGGUCUGCGGCGGGAAAGUUCCAUUCCCAACAUAGGCUCUGUGGAAGUGGCUGUGGCCGCAAUCCUGGUCACCUGCAUCGUGAUUGUGCUAGCCAUCCUGGGUUACUGCUUCUUCAAGAAGCAGAGGAAAAGCGUCCGCAGACACGGCCACCACCCUCCCCCUACCCCGGCCAGCUCCACCGUCUCCACCACUGAGGACACGGAACACCUGGUCUAUAACCACACCACAAGGCCCCUCUGAGCCCGGGGCUUUGGUCAGCUUGGAAGAGGCUCAGACGAGACUCCUGCCUGUGUCCCAGGCCCGCACGGCUCCCCUCAGAAGCCAGGGCUCUAGCCCUCCUGAAGCUCAGCUGAGCACAGGCCAGUUGUGUGUGCAAAGUUGUGUGUGUGUGGAAAAGACACAAAGGGCUGGCUGGGAGGAACAGGAAACCUUCCCGCCUAGAGGACUGUACAUAGUAGGAACUGCCUGUCUGCGGUGCAGAGGAAGGUGGAAUCUUGGGUCCUGUUCACAGCAACCUGCCCCCACCCAGUGUCACUGGAAAAGGACUCCGGGUGGCAUCAGAAGCUGGACGCCUUCCACAUGUUGCCCCCCUCCCCCCCACGUUGCACAGCCCAGUGCUAAAAAAGGGAACACUUCCCUGUGUAGUUUGUGCUGUAAGAAAAUGGCUUUUUCAGGGCUGGGGUCCUAACUCUGAGGUCCUGGGUUUCACCCCCAGCACCUCAAAAACAUGAAAAUGAAAUAAAAAAUAAAUAAAAAUG